AAGCACAGUGACAUUUGAGAUGCUUAAUUAAACAACAAUAGAGAAAAUGUCUGGAACGACAACUAGAUGCUCUGUGUAGCGGAAGAAAUGAGAGGCCGCCAUUUUGAUGACCCCGCCGGUAAUUUGUGUUCGUUCAAUCGUCCCUAAGGGCCCCCUCAGGGCACGUAAGCAGCGACGUAACAAACAUGGCGGACGAAAACACAGCAGAGAGGGAGGCAGAGAAGGAGGCUGUUGUCGGUGGCAAUGUGAGCCUCAUGGUCUCCAUCUUCGAGCGGAAACAAGACGAGGAACGGCGAGCAAGCACAGAGAGCCCUCAACCUCAGAAAGUCUCAAGACGCGAGGAAGGAGACCUGCUUUCCUCCUUCAAUGCCUCCUUGAGAGAAGAGGAGGAGGAGAAACUGCGUCAGAUGGAGGAGCUGAGGGAGAAACUGAAAGAAGAGAGAGGCCUGAUCACUGAUGAUGCACGGAUCGUGCAAACCACGUCAGAAGUGCUGCUCACCAUGGAACAGCAGAAGGACAAGGAGAUGGAACUGAUCAGGGCGCAGUUGAAGGAAGAGCGUGUCAACAUCUCGGAGGAUGGGAAAAUAGUCGAGACGAGCAAGUCUGCACUUUUGUCCGAGGAAGAAGCAAAACGAGUCCAGUUGGAACUGGAAAAGGCCGAACUGGCCAGGCAAAGGCUACAGCUCUCUGGCAAUGCAAGUAUUGUAGAAAAGGCAAAGGGGGCGCUUUUUACCACCGAAGAGCACCAAGAGAACGAAGUAUGGCGUACCGACGGUAAAACGGUGUCAGCGACAAAGGAGUCCAUCAUGACAUAUCAACAAGAUUCCCAGACUGUUCUUACAAGUACGAGUGUUGAAACAGUAACAUGCACAAUGGUUGAGGACAUGACUACAUCAUCCACGGAGUUCGGGAAGUUACAAGGUGAUAGUAAAGUAGAGUUUAGGGAAUCAACGACCACAUACACAGCAGAUGAAGAGGAGGGGGGAAAGGCUCCUGACAUCACCCCACAGGCGGAAAUAACAACAUCAAUUUCUGAAGCAGACCUGCAGACGACAGAAGGAGAAAUCGACGGAAGGACUGAGAUUGGUGGUGGUGAGAUGAAGGCUGUGGAAAGUGAUACGCUCACUGCGGUUCCUGCAUCGGCUGAAAUUGAGAAGGCAAUAGGUGAUUCCCAGGUUCUGAUUGACGACAUCAUUGCACUGACGCGAGCCAAGAGGGAAGAAAGGAUGUCAAGAAGACAAACCACUUCAAGUCGUACGAUCGCAUCCUACGGAACAUCAGGUGACCAGGUUCAGGGGAUGACAACAACGGAAACAGUCGUGAUGGAAAACGGAGACACAGUGCAAGCUAACGACGCUGGGAUGGCGAGUUUUCGUGUUGCCACUAGCGAGGCGAGGGUAGAGACAACAGGAGAAGGUGCAAAAACUACGGUAACUACAGUCAAAACGGUUCGCACGAGUAACACCCAGUCUGGCGAAACACAGCCAGCAGCAGGCGACAGGAUGUCACGGGAAGAGUUGCAUCAACACAUCCCAGAGCCGUUGCCAGAGGUGCCCGGUAUUGACUUCAAACAGUUUGAUGACGUACGUGACAUGGCGGAUGACAUGCUGAGAGAGGAGGACAACCCACCGACUCCGGCACAGGAGGGGACGUCCUAUCGCAGAAGGAGAGCGGUCGGCCCACCCCUCGGAGGUCUCCACCUGUACCAUGCGGGGAAAGGUGGCCGAACAGGGAAAGGGGGCGGUACAGUAACGCGCGUCGUCAGGCGACAUGUGUUUAUGACCCGGACAUGAUUACAUCACCUGUGCUAACAGUUAUGGUCAAUCAAUAGGACUUCGUUGGUUCAAUAUUUAACUUGUGCACGAAUUGUGGAAGUAGAAAGUUCGCAACAUAUAUCCAUCAAUAUCACGAAUUCUGUUAUUCCAAUAUAAGAGUUCUGACACUGAUAUCUUGUUACAUGUUAAUUAAGAUGCAUUAAGCUCGUAAGCUCGAUGCUUGAAUCUGUUUUACAAUAGCUGAUGUUAAUUUUGUAGUAUAAAGAGGUGAUUUGUAACGAUUAAACUUGACAGCUUUGUCUACUAUUCUAAGUUGUUUCAUUUUGUUACAGACACUCGUAUCUAUGAACAAAGCUUCAUCUCACAUGUAUCUUACGCAUUGUGAUAUUAUCAAUAGGCAAUCAAAGAAAAUGUACCCUUAUACAUUGUGCUAACCUUAGUAUUGAAAUCAAAUAUUGUAGUAGAGACUAAAAACAGCUGUGCUGUCUUUCACAAACCGUACGCGUGUAUAGAACAUUGACGUAUGUAUUUCUGCAGAAAGUACACAUGGUUCAUUAUUUACGUACUAUCCAAGCUUUACUGAAUAAAUGGACGAUGGAUAAUCUUCCGCGCUUUGUAAUCAUGCA